ACACGCGUGAACCAUAAAAUGGGUACCCAGGCUUCCAAGCACGAGCGGGCUCACUCUGGGAGGAAGGCUUCUAGAAAGCCAUCCCGGUCCCAGAGGGACCCUGACUCUCCUCUCGAAUUUGUAAUCAUCCAUUGGAAGUCAAUUCCUGGCCACAAACUUCUAUCGAAGCAAAAACUAGAGAACCUCUGCACAGAAAUCUGGCCCGCCAACACCACUUCCGCCCGACCAGAAUUACGUUGGCCCAAGGGAGGUUCGUUUAACGAAGACCGACUGAAACACCUAAGGAGACACUUAAUGGAAGAAAAACCCCGCCAGUUAGAAUAUUUGGCAGCCUUCGAGACAGUUAAAGGAUUACUCCAAGUCUCGAAGGGAGCACCAUCGUAUCAGCUGCCCAUAUUAAAUCCCGGAAGGCAGCCUAUGCCCCCCCCUUACGAAGGACACUUCGCUGAUGAUACAGUAGAACAAGCCCUGGUUCCCUUCUACUAUAGGGAACCGACACCACCCAUCCCUAGCGAUAGCUCGGAUAGUGACGAAGAAACGGGGGAUGGAGGGGCACGAGGAAGUAAGAACCAGAGGCUCACGAGGUUACAAGCCAGAAAGAACAACCCCAUCGUAGAAACCCGUAGCCUUACAGAGCGCCCUAUAGAAGAAACCGAAGAAACCCCGGGAACUUCUGGACAGGAAAGUUCCACAGCGGUCCAGAUGCCCCUAAGGGCCCUACCGAUUCCGCCCAUCCAACCCGACGGGGCUCCCCGGAUGGUUUAUACGCACCAGCCCUUUUAUACUGCCGACCUAGUAACCUGGUCAAAUCAAAUGCCCUCUCUAAGGGAUGACCCAGAUAAAUGCCAUCGCCAGAUCAGCGCCAUCUUUUCCACUCACAACCCCACUUGGCCAGAUGUCCACGUUCUUUUAAACGCCCUAUUCAAUGAAGCUGAAAAGGCGGACAUUCUGACCAAAGCCGGAGAGGCCAUAGAGUCACCGGACUACCAGAGGGGACGUCCCGCGGCAUUAGCGGCCCUCUCAGCCCAGUGCCUGCGUAUAGAACCUACAUGGGACUACAAUACCACCAACGGGAUUUGGUGCUUAAAUCUAUUUAAAAGGGCUAUCUUAGACGGUGUAAAAGCCGCUGGACAGCGUACUGUCAACUGGACCAAGGUCCAAACUGUACUACAGGGACCAAAUGAACAUCCAUCGGAUUAUUACACUAGAUUGGUCUCCGCCAUCAAGACCUGGGGAGGGAUAGACCCGGAGAACCCCCAACAUGAAGUAAUCGUUAAGGGUUUCUUCAAAGACCAGGCCAGCCCAGAUAUAAGAAAAGCCCUGAAUCUCCAAAUAGGAUAUGAUGGGAAGAGCGUUAGCGAAAUCUUAUCCAUCGCCAAAUCAGUUUAUAACUCUCGGGAUGAAAGGAAACGAAAGGAAGCAAAACCUGAGACUGAACACAUCUUAGCGCUGAGCAUGGAGCCUAACUCCAGCCGGGGCAGAAGUUUUAACCGAGGAAGAGGGGGCCGGGGAGGAGGACCCCCCGCUCCCCACAGACCAUGGGGACCCAACACCGGAGGAUGCUAUUACUGCCAAGAAGAGGGACACAUAAAGAGGUUUUGCCCCUACCUAAACACCACAACCUAUGGAGUACAAGGCUCUAAACCCUUUCCGGCUCAGACCAAUUAUCCUCCUUUCCCGAUGCGCCCACAUUCCAACAUAACCCAGGGAUAUGGCAACCAACAACCCACUAUGCAAGCACCUCCAAACCACCGACCUCAACCGGGCACACAGGUUCAAAUGCCCGCUAUGACUCCAGCCACUCAUUCUUGGGCAAAUGCCACCGCUCCUCCCUUACACCCCCAACCAGCCACCUCCUGAAGAUCAAGACACAUACUGACAAUUAAAGGGAAUGUCAGUCCGGCCCAAGCCAUCUACCCUGUCCUAGCAUUAUCGCCAGAUGACCCUAUCUGCACGAUUGAGAUCGAUGGCCACCCCUAUCGAUGUUUAUUAGAUACGGGAGCUACGUACUCGACCCUGACUAGCAGCCACCUAGAACCCGGGUCAGAAACCAAGAAAGUUAUGGGACUGGACGGGAUACCCCGCACUUGCCCUCUCUCACAACCGGCCAAAGUCACCCUCGGACCCUUAUUGGCGGAACACACCUUCCUCCUAACGAGCAGCCCAGUGAAUCUCCUUGGCAGAGACCUACUCUGCAAACUCAAUGCCACCAUAAAAUGUUCUGAAGAUGGCAUCUACCUGUACAUGCCCGAAGACUCUGUCCCUGCCUUUCAAGGCAUGGUAUUAGAGGAAAAAUUAGAUCGCCAGUUUCCCGAACUUCCCCCAGAACUAGAGAAUGAAUUACCUCCUUCACUGUGGGGCACGGAAUCAACUUCUGUAGGAUUGCUAUUAUCUGCCACCCCGGUAAGGAUUACCUAUAGAACUGAUCGGCCCUUCCCUUGCACCAAGCAAUACCCUCUACCCAAAGAAGCAAUCGACGGACUGACACCUAUGAUAGAAGAUUUCCUCAGCAAAGGGAUCCUUGUUCCCUGUGCGUCACCUUGUAACACCCCAGUGCUCCCCAUAAAGAAACCCUCCACAGAAGGAGCCCCAGUCCGGUACCGUUUUGUCCAAGACCUGAGACUGGUAAACCAAUUCGUAAUACCCCGCCACCCAGUCGUGGGCAACCCUAACUCCCUCUUAAAUGCCAUCCCGGCGGGAACAACCUGGUACUCUGCAGCGGAUCUAUGCUCCGCCUUCUUCAGUAUACCCUUGGACCCCGCCAGCCAAUUCCUUUUUGCAUUUACCUGGGGACCCAGCCAGCUAACUUGGACAAGGCUGCCCCAAGGCUACGUAGAAUCACCCGCGAUCUUUUCCGCCAUAUUACACCAGGACCUACAGGACGUGUGCCUGCCUGCUAACUCCGCCCUCCUUCUCUACGUAGAUGAUAUUUUAUUGUGCUCUACUAGUGAAGAGGCAUGCAAAUUAGACACUAAAUAUCUCCUCUCAGAACUAGCCCGGAAAGGACACAAGGUGUCCCCUAAGAAGUUACAAUAUUGUAAACAGGAAGUAAAAUACCUCGGACACAUCCUAGGAGUGGGUACCCGAAGCCUAGCCACCGACAGAAUCGAGGCCGUUACCAGAAUUCCCUCCCUAAGACUAAGCGGCAAUUACGCGGCUUCCUUGGUAUGGCAGGCUUCUGCCGAGCAUGGAUUGCCGGCUAUAGCGAAAUAACGAAGCCUUUAACCGCUAUGACCCGCCAAGACCACCCAGAUACCCUGGUCUGGGAAGAGGAAGCUUAUAAAUCCUUCGAACGCUUAAAAAGAGAAUUACGGUCCGCUCCUGCUUUAGGACUGCCAGACUACCGGACUCCUUUUAACCUGUUCAUCCAUGAACAAAUGGGAGUCGCCUCAGGGGUCCUAACCCAACCCUUCCGAGAUCAGGAAAGACCAGUAGCCUAUUACAGUCUACAACUAGACAACACCGCAAAGGGAGCAGUGAGUUGUUUAAGAGCUAUUGCCGCCGCUGCGAUCCUCCUUGAGAAAGCCCAGGAAACAGUCUUGGGACAUGAAAUUACCAUCCAUGUUCCCCACUCGGUCUCCACCCUCUUAACCUUGAGAGGUUGUCAUCACUUCUCAAACUCUCGCCUAAACCGAUACGAAGCCCUUCUAUUAACCCCAUCUAACGUCACCAUCAAACGCGUCAAUUCCCUGAAUCCAGCUACCCUAUUACCCCUUCCUGAUGAUGGCACCCCACACCACGACUGCGCUACCAUAGUCCGCCAAGCCGAGAAACCGCGGGAGGAUCUAGACCACCUUCCCUUAGAAAACCCUGACCUCAUACUGUACACUGAUGGCAGCUCAAAGGUCAUCGAGGGGAAAGGAAGACAGGGUACGCAGUCGUCUCUGACUUUGAAGUCCUGGAAUCCAACCCAAUUAACCCACAGUAUAGCGCCCAAGCCGCUGAAUUAAUUGCACUCAUACGUGCUUGUGAACUUGGCGAAGGGAAGAGAACCACCAUUUACACGGACAGUAAAUACUGCUUCGGGCUCGUACACACAACCGGUCAAAUUUGGCUUCAAAGGGGCUUCUUAACUGCAGCCGGCUCCCAAAUUUCACACGCCGCCCUAGUAGAGAGACUUCUUACAGCCAUUCACUUACCGAGUGCAAUAGCAGUAGUCCACUGUAAAGCACACACCAAAGGGAGGGACCCGGUCUCGAAGGGAAACAGACGGGCUGAUAAAGCUGCCCAAAUUGCUGCCCUUCGCCCCCCAAAUAAUGAGUCCGAAUUUCAAGCCUUACAAUUACCUACAGACAUAGACGCAACACAAAUAUAUGAUUCAGCCCCAGAGGAGGAAAAAUCAAAAUGGGAAUCCGUGGGCGCAACUGAACAGAAUGGUAUUUGGACCCUCCCCGAUGGCAGGACAGUCCUUCCAAGAGCCUGGGUUCCAAAAUUAGUGAGAAUCCUCCACCAACAGACUCACUGGGGAAAAUGGAGAUUAAUAGACCACGUUACGAGGUCCUGGUACGCCCCAGGGAUAGCCACCGCAGCUACAGCAGCCUCCAAGAACUGCAUUACCUGCCAUCACUUCAACCCCAAACGUGAGCCCAAAAGGAAACCACCAGGAGCUAGACCGUGGGCCUUUGUCCCCUUUGAGAGUUUACAGCUAGACUUUAUCGACUUACCCCAAUGCCAAGGCUUCAAGCAUGCCCUGAUUAUAAUAGAUCAAUUUUCCUCUUGGGUGGAGGGAUUCCCCUGUCGAAAGGCCACCGCAUCGGUAGUCGCUAGGGCCCUCCUUCAAGACAUCAUUCCUCGAUAUGGGAUACCCCGCCGCCUAGACAGUGACAGGGGAACUCACUUCACUGCAGAAGUGGUACAAUUGGUGGCCAAAGCCCUCCAAAUAAAGUGGGACCUUCAUACACCGUACCACCCACAGUCCUCUGGUCAAGUAGAACGUAUGAACCAGGAGAUAAAAAUGCAACUGGGAAAACUCUGUAGACUCUCGGGGCUGAAAUGGGUAAAUGCACUCCCACUGGUCCUUCAUAAUAUACGAAGUGCCCCGACAGGACCUUUGAAACUUUCCCCAUUCGAACUUCUAUUCGGGAGACCCCCUCCCGUAUACAACACCUUGUUUCCCCUCUCAGAACUGGACGUGGGGGAGGCGGAACUCACUAACUAUAUUAUUCAGCUUCAGACACAGCUACUACGCCUCCACCAGUACGCGGCUAUCGAAGGACAAAACCUGCCUAUUGACGUCCAUGCCCACUCUUUCCAUCCCGGCGACUGGAUCCUCGUUAAGGUCUAUCAGAAGGCGCCGCUCCAACCUGCGUGGGAAGGUCCUUACCAAGUACUACUGACCUCCCCGACUGCCGUGAAGGUGGGAGAGAAAAACGCGUGGCUACAUCACAUGAGGUGCAAAACAUCCCCACCACCCCAAGAGACGCUAGAAAACCCCGAGGAGGACUACGCCUACGAGACCCCACCCCACUCGCCGGCUACCUACAUCGACGACGACGAGGAACAGACCGGACCGGAUCGGGGCCAAGAUCGGGCUCAACAGACCGGACCGGAUCGGGGCCAAGAUCGGGCUCAACAGACCGGACCGGAUCGGGGCCAAGAUCGGGCUCAACAGACCGGACCUGACCGAGGCCAAGUUCGGGCCCAACAGACCGGACCUGAUCAGAGCCAAGUUCCGACCCAACACGCCAGACCGGACGUUACAGCACCUAACUGGACGUCCGAGAUCGUCCCAGACUCCAACGCCAUCAAACUUCGCCUUAAGUGCCUUUGACAGCUCGUUUGACAGCUCGUUUGACAGCUCCAUAGACUGCUAUUACUUGCCUUUGACAGCUCGUUUGACAGCUCGUUUGACAGCUCCAUAGACUGCUAUUACUUGCCUUUGACAGCUCGUUUGACAGCUCGCUUGACAGCUCCAUAGACUGCUAUUACUUGCCUUUGACAGCUCGUUUGACAGCUCGCUUGACAGCUCCAUAGACUGCUAUUACUUGCCUUUGACAGCUCGCUUGACAGCUCCAUAGACUGCUAUUACUUGCCUUUGACAGCUCGUUUGACAGCUCGCUUGACAGCUCCAUAGACUGCUAUUACUUGCCUUUGACAGCUCGUUUGACAGCUCGUUUGACAGCUCCAUAGACUACUAUUGCUUGCUUUUGUCAGCCCGUUUGACAGCUCGUUUGACGGCUCCACAGACUACUAUCGCCUGCGUCUGACAACUCGAUCCGCAGCUUCAACUACCCCCCCCCCGCCAGGAGCCAUGAACCCCACCACUGCUCUCAUCCUCCUUGUCACCCUGACUGCGACAACACCUUCCUCGUUGAGCCACUGCACUGGACUACAAACAGACUACCAUUUCCUCGACUAUCACAAGGUCGAAACGGGAGGGAAGUCCAACCCGGACCGAAUGGGGGACUUUGAGUUCUGCCUUCCAGAAUCUCGAACUCUACUGCGUCAUUCCCUGGUACCCCGGCUCACCGACAGCGCAUACUGGGAACUCUUCAUCCGAGAUAAGGACUUACGUCGCAUCGGGUCAGCUGCCCUCACACUUGAUCACUCCUUUUACCGGCUGAAAUGUUAUAAUGGAACUUACCUACUCUAUAACAACGGAGAAGUCACACGCAGCCCUAACUGGACCGAGGCCGAACUGGGAACGGCCUCCCACGUAUACACAGACCCCAAUCACCCCUCCGAGAACUUGAUCUUUGGGUUCCAGUGCCUCCUCACGACCCCAAAACCCCACAAGCCCCAACUCCAAGGACUUUGCCUCAGACGAUUCUGCUGCCUUUGGAACUUGGGAGUCACCCGUGAUUGGAAGGGAGCCGACUACCUAGAAGGGUGGCACCAUCCCAUACACCCCUCACGCUCUCCUUCAUGGGACAACGUUGGGCCUCUGAGGUGCGGCGGCAUUGCCCGGGAUAGGCGGCUCCUAAAUACCUCUGACCCACUCCACCCAUUUGGCACUGCACCUCGACGACUAGGCCCUGCACCUGCCCUCCCAGGAGAAGACCUUCUUUCCUCCUGGGAACAGAACUCCUACAUCAAACUUCUCAGCCAGGUCGCUAAAGAAGCACCAUACCCCGAUUGCUGGAUUUGCGCUCAUGCUCCCAGCCACCUUCAACAGAGUCUACCCCUGGUCCCGGUGCCAGUGACCUUAGAACAAUUUCGCUCCGGAGAUGUCGUCUCCUGGAACCUAACUGCAUUAAAUCUAACACACCAAUAUCUGUACCUCACCGGCCCCACGAAAGGACCCCUUUGCCGCAGUUUCACUGGAGAGGGAACCUUCAUCGGAUCCAGUACCUGCAAUACUGACUUAGAAAUCCUAGCCGAUGGCCAAGUCACCAUCACUGACCCACGUGGUUCCCAGACCUUCCCCAAUCUCACCAUUGCAUGGGCUACUGCUGUCAGCCAACCCCCCACCUGGCAACCACAACUCACAGACUUUAUGCUGUUACAGACUUUUGCUUCAGGAAGGAUGGAAUCUUACCUCAGUGGCUUAUUCUGGAUUUGCGGACACCGCGCAUAUACUUGGGUGAGCCCACACAUGUCGGGCUCCUGUUUUGUGGGGUACAUCGUCCCCGGAAUUAGAGUUGUCCCACACCUGCCCCCCGGAAGACAGAGGAAUAAAAGGGACCAAAAACAGCUGUCAGACCUCUCAGACGUUGCUGCAAAUGGAGAAACCGUAGGCCGUGCCCUCUUUCCCGCCUAUGGAGCCGGAUCUAACCAUGUAGACAUUCUUCGCCUUACAGACAUUCUCCUCAAAUUUAUGCAAGAAGCCACUCAGAUUACCGACUCCUUGGUGUCCGAACUAUCCGAG